CCUCUUCCUCUUUCUCUUUCUGUUUAUCUGCCUAUUGUGUGGCCUAUGGGAAUUUGAGUUAUUUUGGAUGUUGAUUUUGAAUUUUUGACAAGUUAUUAUAUGCAGUUUUCAUUUGGGAUUUUGCUCUUUCCAAAGAAUAAAAGGAUUGUUCUUUUUGUUCAAUACUGCUUAUUUUUAAGUAUGCUAGUGUUUGAAAGUUUGAUGUUAUGGUUUGUAUGGUGGAAUUGAGUUAAGGUACUUAAUUUGAUGCAUGAGGGUGUGAUUUGUGUCGCGAACGGAUGAAUCAGUAAUUGGGAUUAAGUUGUUAGAACUUAAAACAGUAUCAAAGGUUAGAAAUUGCACGAGUCUAAGGUUGGAGAUGGAUUGGUGCAGGAUACAUGACUGGUUUUGGCCUAUGGUGUUAUUGGUUAUGUAAUACCAUGUUUUUCCCAAUGCAAGUACCAAACCUUUAGAAUUUGUCAUGCAAGACACUUGUUUUUUACAGUGUUUUUUCAAUCAUUGACUCUAUCAUGAAUUGACACCGUCAUUGAUUUAUGGGUAAUCAUGCACACAUGGCAAGGGAUGAAGAACAAACCAUCCCUGUUAAAUUUGGCUUUUGAUUUGAAAGUUUGUACUUGUAAAAGGAAGAGAUUCAAGGAUAUAAGUUUAGCACCAAAUCAAAUAUGCACAGACCCUUCUUAAGAAUCUAUGCUCAACUAUCUCAGUUAAAUUGUUAUAUGUAUAUAUGCAGUACAUAGAUCAAACUUUGAGAAACUUUUAAGAGAGAUACAUGUAAAUGUGUCUGUGUGCCUAUGGUUAUAUCAUUAUAGUUCGAUGUUGUAAUUCUGGUGGCGAAAUCUUUUCUUUAUCAACUAUGUGAUUAUCUGUGUAAUUCAGUACUUACUGUGCAAUUGCAUCGGUAUUCUUCUAUGAAUGUUGUGUCUCAAUAAUUCAAACUUCUUCACUACCUGAGUCAUGGGAUUUUGCAGGAAGUGUAAAUACAGUACUGCGUUUCUUUAUAUCAUGUAUAUAGUUAUUAUUUUCUCUUUAUGUUUUAAAUAUGUUAGUCUGGGAGUUCAUCAUGUACUAUCAAGAGUUGCUUUUACAGUAGAAAUAGACAGAGAUGAAUCCGCAUGCAUUGUCUAUUUGUAUUGCUAAAAUUAUUCUGUAUCACAUCUGUAGAUGCCAGUCUCUGGAAUGCAUGAUGUUUCUCCUUAAUAUUAUCCUUCUCGGGGCAGAAGCUUUAAUGAUUCUGAACCUUAUAUUAACAACAAGCAAAGAAGAAAGGGCUCGGUUACCAGAAAACAACCUCCUGAAAAUUUUUGCAGCAGACAAAGAGAAAGCCAGUUUGUGGUGCGCAAGAGACCACUUAACAAAAAGGAAUUGGCAAUGGCCAAUGAAUGAGGAAGACAUAAUAGACACACUUUCCAACUCUGUAACAGUUCAUGAGACUAAGCUCAAGGUUGACAACAUAUGUGGAGAAACAUGAAUUUGUUUUUGAUGCAGUGCUGAAUGAGGAAGUGUCUAAUGAUGAGGCUUUGUGCUCAACUUGGAAGGAUGAUGGGGCGACUGUCUUCUCUUGAGGCUGUGACAAGCAAGCUAAGAUGUGGUCCUUGGCUACUAACCAAAUAAUGACUGUUGCUCUGCAUGAUGCCCCCAUUAAAGACAUGGCUGGGAUCCCCAAGUUGAACCUCUUAGUCACUGGAAGCUUGGACAAGACUGUAAAGUAAGUAAUACAUGUAAAUGUUUUGAAAAUGUUAUGAGCUUGAACCUGUAUAGCUGUCUUUCUAAAAUGUUAUGAGCUUGAACAUUUUGGUCA